GCUCGCCUCGCUUUUUCAAUCCUCUUUUCAUUCAACGUUCAUUUACAUUUUUGUCCUGUCCUUUUUUUACUUUUAAAUCCAAAAAAUGUCCAUGCUCAAUCUUAAUCUGCCCACUCUGGCCAGCAGCCUGGUCAAGUCUGGCGCCACGACAACGGCUACGACCACAGCACAGCAAUGCUACGUGCACCCUGUGGUUCUAUUCUCCAUUCUGGACCACUAUCUGCGCCGCAAUGAAAACCAAGAGCGCGUAAUCGGUACCCUCAUGGGCGUCCGCAGUGACGACGGCCGCGUGGUCGAGAUCCGCAGCUGCUUCGCCGUGCCGCACUUUGAGACCAGCGACCAGGUCGAGGUAUAUGUCGAGCACCACCAGUCGAUGCUCGCCCUGCACAAGAAGGCCAGCGCGCGCGAGGAGAUCGUCGGAUGGUACUCAACGGGCAGCACGCUGAGCAAGUACGCUGCGCUUAUUCAGGACUUUUACUCGCGCGAGGCCGCCCCCUUUGGCGCCGUGCACCUGCUGAUGGACACGGAUAUGACUGAUGGCCAGUUGGGCGUCAAGUGCAUGCAGGGCUCAGCCAUUGGUGCCGGAGCGCAUCCUGAGAACUGCCUGUUCUUGCCCUUGCCCCACGAGCUGCAGUACCCAGAUGCGGAGCUUUCGGCCCUGCAGACUGCCGCUGAUAGCGUCGAGACCGAGGAGGGUGCCAGCGUGCUGGUCUCCGAUAUGGAGCAGCUGGAAAAGUCCAUUGAAGAGCUGCGUGCCAUGCUGGAGCGCGUCACCACGUAUGUGCAGGACGUGUGCACCGGAAAGUCAAAGGCAAACACUGUUAUUGGCAAGUACCUGAUGGACAUGCUCGCUGUGGUCCCCAAGGUUGACACCAAGCAGUUCUCGACCCUGUUCCAGUCGCAUCUGCAGGACAUCCUCAUGGUCGCCUACCUCACCAACCUCACCCGCGCCCAGCUCAACAUUGCUGACCGGCUCCAGCGCAUCGUCUAAAAUGUUUGCAUUUUGCUUCUUCCUGUUGACUAAUACUACUCAUUUUCGGCUCCCAAUUGAUCAACCCACUUUGCUCCUGUUUGUUUAUGUCAACCCUUUCUCUCUCUAAUGGAGGAAAAGAAAAGUCAACUCAGUAAUAUAAAAUUUUGGUU